UAUGGAUUGGAAUAGCAUAGAUAUACCUUGGAGCGGUGAAACUCGUAAACUGUGCCAAUUACUUGAAACUAAAGAGCCACCUUUUAUUGCUCGCGUUGCUCUAAGUAAUAUAGGAUCGUUUAAUGCCGGCUAUGGACCAAAUACUCAACUUCCAAUAGUCUUCUAUAAAUCAAGAAAAAGAACACAUUUUAUAGGUAAACCUUUAAAAUGCCGUGGCAGAAAAAAAGAGUAUUAUGAAUUUUCACUUGAUUGCUCUGAUUGGUACAAAAUUAUGCAUACGUCAAUGGAUAUGACACCUUCAUACUCAUCUUGCUAUGAUGUGCAUCAAGACAAAAAAAAUUCACUAUUUCUUCUUCGUAGUUCUUGUUGCGGUUAUAAACAAUCUGGAAAUCAGUUAGAAGAGCUAACGCUACCAGCUGGAAUUUUGUUAAAAAAGUCUAAUGUAACAACCUUACAACUAUUGAAUUGCGUAAUUCGCAGGAGAGAUUCUCAAAGCAAUUCAAUGGACAACAUGCAAUUUUUAACUUUUACGCACUCUUCUGGGAAUGACAUAUAUACGGUCUAUAUUAGUUUUGAUGAUCCUUGUAAGAUGACCCCUGCCCCAGGAAAAACUAAUCAUCCAUCUGUUGGGGCUGCCUAUCGGCUAUUACAGAUUAGGGAUGCUAACUUGCCCCUUAAUAUUCGAUGCGUAUACGGCAGAGCCCCUGUGAAUAAGCAUCUGAGUGAAACCACACGUGUCUAUGAACUAACGAAAAAAAAAAAAACGUAUAAUAUUACAUCUUUCCUAUUUUCUGAACAAGGAAUAUAUAUUAUGGACAUUCCAGUAGACAUUAACAUUCUAUUUGAAAUACCGGAAAAUGACGAUUAUAAAAGAUCUUCACAAUUUUUAGCUUUUAUUAAAUUUAUUCCGGGAUUAUCUUCGAAUUAUAAAAAAAAGGUAAAGCCGAUCGAAAUCCCCUAUAAAAGGAAUAGCAGCUUUCCAUUUUCAAAACGAGGACUUCUUUGUGCAGCUACUCAUAUUGCUGAGAUAACUACCCCCAUUUGUAGACCAGAAUGCGAUAUUGCGGAAGACAUCAAUGAAAAAGAACAGAUAAGGCAAAACAGAUACCGAGCAUCUGUAGUGGUCAAGAAUACAAUUUCAACCGGUAGUCACAAUUCAGCCACAGGCCAUGUAAAUCAUUUACUCGAAUGGCUUGAAAGAUACGAGAAUGAUCAUUAUGACUCCAAUGAAAAUAUUUACACUGCCCUGGAAAAAAGUAGUAUAGAUAAAGACUAUUACAAUAGCCAAGCAAUAAACAAGCAAAACGCUCUAUAUUCAAAACGUCAAUUGCAAAAUGAAACAUUUCGGGACCUAUCACAUCAGGCUGAAGUGGUCGAUGAGAAAAAGGAGGAUGUUUUCAAGUACAUUGCCUUUGAAAAUUACUUAAUGGAAGAAUAUCUUCACAUUCUUAGUUGGACUGUUAGACAGUUUAUUACAUUUAAGAAGCGAGAGAAAUUCUUCACUGAACUAAAAAGUAUUAAAAAGCAAACUUAUUAUCCAAAAUUUCCGAUUGCGGACGAAAAAAACUGGCCAAUUAUUAAAAUGAAAUUGACAUCUCUAUUGAAUAACUAUACAUAUUUCGAAGAAAUGCAGUUUCCUAAUAAAAUAGGUGACCUCGAAGAAGCUUUUACAAGUAAGAGUCCCUCCGAAAUCAUGAAAUGGACAUCGUUUUAUCUUGCUUUCCGCUACUGCGAAAAAGAAAAUGCCGUCUAUUCAAGAAAGCGUAUUGGUUUGAAUUUAGCUAAAAAAGUUAUAAAAUUCUCUCUUCAAUGCAAAAACAAGAAGAUAUUUGAUUUCACCUACAAAAAAAUUAUGGAAAUCUAUAAAUAG